CACAUGAACGGUGAUAAUAUCCACGGAACGGGCAGGAGGAACAAAGGAAGCCGCCCGUCCUCUGCUAAACCUGCUUUCACUUCGUCAACACGGCCAGAAAUCGACUCCAAACUCACCCUUUCUCGUCCAAACGCUUCCUGUUAAGUAGUGAACGCCAGUAAACAUCUCAAGUCCGACUGUUUGCUUUUGCUUGAGGAAGAGGAAACUUGGCGUCGUGAGAGAUUUUAGUCGGGUCGCCUCGCUCGAAUCCUUCUUUUCUUGGCUACGCCUUUACGUUGGAAGGAAGUGGCCAGAGCUUUGACAUUGUGACCUGUGACCUGUUGACUUGGCAGAGAUGCAGUUUUGUCAGGACGCCUACUCUCAGAUGGAUUAAGAGGAGGUGCUUCUCCCUGGCAGACUGUGUGACUGUCUUUCCACCUGGGACUCCCUGUGUUUCCAUUGCGCCCAUGAGGUAACGUCAGGACCUAUCCCCCUCAUCACCACCCUUGGUCCACCCCUUUCCCUCCCCUCCAUCCCUCCCUUGGGCCCUCACAGCCAUGGGGCAGAAGAUCUCAGGCAGUAUAAAGUCAGUAGAUGUACGUGGUGAGCCCUCAUACCGGCCGGUGCGCCGUGAGCUCCGGGGGCCAGACUUCUGUCGGCCCCCCAGGCUGGACCUACUGCUGGACAUGCCGCCGGCCAGCCCUGAUACCCAGCUUCGCCAUGCCUGGAACCCUGACGAUCGCUCCCUUAAUGUCUUCGUUAAGGAGGAUGACAAGUUGACCUUCCACAGACACCCGGUGGCCCAGAGUACAGAUUGCAUCCGUGGCAGAGUGGGCUACACUCGGGGCCUCCACGUCUGGAGGAUUCACUGGCCGGCCAGACAGAGAGGCACCCAUGCUGUGGUUGGCGUGGCCACUGCUGAAGCCCCGUUACACUCUGUGGGAUACACGGCCCUGGUGGGCUCGGACUCAGAGUCCUGGGGCUGGGACUUGGGCCGGAACAGACUCUACCAUGACAGCAAAAACCGACCAGCCUCCACCUCGGCGCCCACAUACCCCUGUUUCUUAGAAGCUGAUGAGUCAUUUGUGCUUCCAGACUCUCUGACAGUCAUACUGGAUAUGGAUGAGGGCACGCUGAGCUUCAUGGUGGAUGGACAGUAUUUGGGAGUGGCUUUUAGGGGACUAAAGGGCAAGAGGCUCUACCCCAUCGUCAGUGCUGUAUGGGGGCACUGUGAAGUUUCUAUCCGUUACGUCAACGGACUUGAUCCGGAGCCCCUCCCUCUCAUGGACCUGUGCAGACGAGUGGCCCGGCUGGCGCUGGGCAGAGAGCGCAUCCAUCACAUCGACACACUCCCCCUGCCGCAGACCCUCAAGAACUACCUCCAGUACCAGUGACCACGCAAACCACACACCAGGCCCAUCUGUUAUUAAGGUCGACCAGCCUUCAAAACAAACUUUUUUUUUUUCCCCUUUAAACCAUCCACCAUCUUCUGAGGAAGAAGAGGAUGAUGGUCGCCGACUUUUGAAGAGGAGGCGAAUGUGGCGCUGCAAGAGGUUUUGUUUACACCAGAAGAGGGACUCUUCCAUUUUGGAUGUUUUUAACUCUUAGUUUUCAACUUUUUGUUGUUGUUGUUGCUCACUGCUGUCUUUCUCCUGGACAGAUGAGUAGAGGAGCCGACAAAUGAGAUUAAGGGAGUCAUAGAGAUUAAAAGAGAAUAUUGCAAUCCAAUCUCAUGCUAAACACACAUAGAGAUUCUAACUGUGCAUCCCCGGUGGCGAGGCCUCAACCGGUGCAGUUUUGGGCGACAACACGUCCCCACAUCUGCGCUGCACAGACUCUGUAGAAGCUUCCUCUGAACAUGUUGGUAUUUAUAUUCAUAUUUAUAUUCCCAACCACGCAGCAGGCUCUGUAGAAAUGCAACAAUUUCCCCCAAGCCACACGGUAGAGAGAAAGAGAGAGAGAGAAAGAGAGACGCAAAGUCCACACGCAACACCCCUACACACAGAAACUGCUUUGAACCCUUCUGUUUUUGUUUGUAGCACACAUGGGCGUAUAUAUAUAUAUAUAUAUAUAUAUAUAUAUAUAUAUAUAUAUAUAUAUAUAUUACAGACAGACACACAUUAUAAAAAGAUGGGGUGUGCAUGUGUGAGCGUGUGCUUGCGUAUAGAUACAUAAGGCUCAGAACAAAUGCUGUAGAAGACAACUGGCUGACAAGCAGGCAGUUACCACCUACAGGCUUAACAACACUAUUACGCCAGUCUGUUUUCUUUUUGAACUUUUUGAAUCCCCUCCCUCCUUCCUUCUCUCCCUCCCACCAGCUUCUCUCUCCCUCUCUCCUGUUUGAUUGAAGCCUCCACCGGGGAUGGUGAAUUUGAAGGACUGUGGCUGCUGUUGCCGGCACUGUAGCUCCUGAUUGAGAUUGAUCUGAAGGUGAAGCUGUGUGUUUGACUGCUAAUGUGCCUGCUCUGAGAUAAUAUCCAAAAAAAAAAAGCACACAACACCUCUGUCAUAUCAGGAGACAGUUUUUUUUCCCCCCCAUUUUAGAUGCUGCUUUUAGGUCUUUUUCUUCUGCCAUCUUGCCCUCAAAAUAUUUUUAUCCCUGUUUGUACUUUUGAAAAUUCUGGUCUCAUGAUUUGAGGAGUUAUUUUGACUUAUUUUUUUGACAUAUGUUCUUUUCUUCCUAUGAAUUUUAAGAUUUGUCUGCAGGACAGUUAUUGAGGAGUGAGAUGGGAAGUCUCACUGGUAUAGGUGGAAGAAUGUGCUGCCACGAGCAUCUUUUAAAUGUGAAUAAAAAUAAACUCGACUAAAUCUAGA